AUGAGAAGAAAAUUAAUUAUUGUGAUUCUUGGUGUUUUCUACUUGAUACAUAUGGAAAAAUGUUUUGCAAGAGUCCAGUGCAAACACACAGAAGUAUUAGUCCGUUUGGGGCGCAAUGAGAAUCAUUCAGUACCAAUAUGCCCAUCCAUUGUUUCCAGCUCGCAUUCGAAAUUAGAACCAAAACAGUUGAAGCAAAAUGUUAUCAGAUGUGAUGGAUUGCUAUGCAAUAGAUGUCGAUGUGACGUUAAAAUGGGUUAUAAGCUAUCCAACAAUACCAGUCAGGCAGAAUGUGUACUGAUUUGUCCAAGACAUGAUUCUAAUGGUGAGUGA